UGAUAAACUCAGAGAAAGUCUUUGUUGCCUUUGGUACUAUACAUCCGGAAUUGACUCUUGAUCACCAUAACAACCUCGUUGCCGAUAACGUGAAGGUGAGCGUUGAUGAAUUUGAGCCCGCGUAUAAAGAAGCUUCAGUCCCCGUGCCUUCUCAAUUUAUAAAGAAACUUGGACAAGCUCUUGGUACUUUCACUCAGUGGCCAACAAAUUUGGUUUCGCUUGUGACGAGUCCUGAGGUAAAUGAGCCUGCAAGAAAAGAGCCUAACGAGAAAAGGGCUACAAGCAAAGAGCCUAAAGGGAAAGAGGUAAUGGUUGAAAGUCAACGCGAGACAAAAGGGUCCAACACUAAGGCAAACAAACAAUUUCUUCCCAAAUUUAGCUCGCAAAAAUUGGGAGUUCAGUGCAAUUGUAUGAAAACUAUGGUUUCUAAAUUAAAAGAAGGGGAGGAUGUUAAGUUGCAAGCUAGUAAAAGGGCAUUCAAUUUUGACAAUGACCGUGAACUUAUUAUCGCCGUUGAAGACAUCAAUCAACUUCUCUCGGGAGCAUGGCUCAAUAUAUCGAUAUUGCAAGUUCUUAUACUGGCUUUAUAUGAGUCGUGGGAUGAAUUUGAUCAUUCUACCAAUGCUUUGGGAUUCAUGUGCCCGGAGAUGAUCUCGGAAACCAUGUUGUAUAGUGAUAUAAAUCGUGUUCUAUUAUACAUGUCGCAAUCCAUGGCAACACUCAGUUCUAAGUCAUUCAUCUUAUGUCCAUACUUCGAAAAGAGGCAUUGGAUUCUUUUAGUUAUUUGCUUGGCUAAAUCUCAGGUCUACAUAUUUGAUUCUAUGCAGAAGAAGAGAAAUUUGAUGAUUAAGAACCAAUUGAACCUGGCUUUUCGGACUUACAAGGCACAAAAUGGAAAAUCUAAAGGAACUAAAUUGAAUUGGAUUGCGGCACAGGUAUAA